CCGGCGGCGGAAACCGCCCCAGAAGACGCUUCCUGGGUCUGAGGGGCCGAGGGACCAACGUCGAACAGCCAGAAGUCCGGUAUGAAACUGUAUUGCCUGUCCGGGCACCCAACCUUACCUUGCAAUGUGCUCAAAUUCAAAUCAACGACCAUUAUGUUGGACUGCGGACUGGACAUGACUUCCACCCUCAAUUUCCUUCCUUUGCCACUUGUUCAAAGUCCCAGGCUAUCUAAUCUUCCUGGCUGGUCCCUGAAAGAUGGAAAUGCUUUCUUGGAUAAGGAGCUAAAGGAGUGUUCAGGUCAUGUAUUUGUGGAUUCUGUGCCUGAAUUCUGUUUACCAGAGACUGAGCUCAUAGAUCUAUCUACAGUAGAUGUGAUCCUCAUCUCUAACUAUCACUGCAUGAUGGCGCUGCCUUACAUCACCGAGCACACCGGAUUCACAGGCACAGUGUAUGCCACAGAACCCACUGUUCAGAUUGGCAGGCUUCUCAUGGAAGAGCUAGUGAAUUUCAUCGAAAGAGUGCCAAAGGCUCAGUCUGCCUCCUUGUGGAAGAAUAAAGACAUACAGCGGCUGCUGCCUUCUCCUCUCAAAGACGCAGUGGAAGUGUCAACUUGGAGAAGAUGCUACACAAUGCAAGAGGUGAACUCUGCCCUUAGCAAAAUCCAGCUGGUGGGAUAUUCUCAGAAAAUUGAGCUUUUUGGUGCGGUCCAGGUGACUCCUCUGAGCUCUGGCUACGCCCUUGGAAGCUCCAAUUGGAUUAUCCAGUCUCAUUAUGAGAAAGUAUCUUACGUCUCUGGAUCCUCCUUGCUCACCACACAUCCCCAGCCCAUGGACCAAGCUUCCCUCAAAAACAGCGAUGUUCUCAUUCUGACAGGCCUCACCCAGAUUCCCACUGCAAACCCAGACGGCAUGGUAGGAGAGUUCUGCAGCAACCUCGCUCUGACAGUCCGGAAUGGAGGAAACGUGCUGGUGCCCUGCUACCCUUCUGGAGUGAUCUAUGACCUCCUAGAGUGCCUGUACCAGUACAUUGAUUCCGCUGGCCUCUCCAAUAUUCCCUUCUACUUCAUCUCCCCCGUGGCUAACAGUUCACUCGAGUUCUCCCAGAUCUUUGCUGAGUGGCUUUGUCACAACAAACAAAGUAAGGUGUAUCUCCCAGAACCGCCUUUUCCUCAUGCAGAGCUCAUUCAGACCAACAAGCUGAAGCACUACCCCAGCAUCCACGGAGACUUCAGCAACGAUUUCAGACAGCCCUGUGUGGUGUUCACAGGGCACCCGUCCCUCCGCUUUGGGGACGUGGUCCAUUUCAUGGAACUCUGGGGAAAAUCUAGUCUCAACACUGUUAUAUUCACAGAACCAGACUUCUCAUACCUGGAAGCACUGGCUCCCUACCAGCCACUGGCCAUGAAAUGCAUAUACUGCCCCAUUGAUACACGCCUGAAUUUCAUCCAGGUCUCCAAGCUGCUUAAGGAAGUGCAGCCCCUGCACGUGGUCUGUCCCGAGCAGUACACGCAGCCGCCCCCAGCGCAGUCCCACAGGAUGGACCUCCUGAUUGACUGCCAGCCCCCAGCCAUGUCCUAUCGGCGGGCCGAGGUCCUCGCCCUGCCCUUCAAGCGUCGGUAUGAGAAGAUUGAAAUCAUGCCAGAGCUCGCAGACUCUCUGGUGCCCCUGGAGAUCAAGCCUGGCAUCUCCCUGGCCGCCGUCUCGGCCGUCCUGCACACCAAAGACAACAAGCAUGUCCUCCAGCCUCCUCCUCGGCCUGCCCAGCCCACAAGUGGGAAGAAGCGGAAGCGGGCGAGUGACGAUGUCCCAGACUGCAAGGUCUUGAAGCCACUGCUGAGCGGCUCCAUCCCCGUGGAACAGUUUGUGCAGACCCUGGAAAAGCACGGCUUCAGUGAUGUUAAGGUGGAAGACACAGCCAAGGGCCAUAUCGUCCUCCUCCAGGAAGCUGAGACGCUCAUACAGAUUGAAGACGACUCAACCCACAUCAUUUGUGACAAUGACGAGACGCUCAGGGUACGGCUGCGGGACCUUGUCCUCAAAUUCUUACAGAAGUUCUGAAACAGGACACCUGAGCCAUUUACAUUUACCAGGGCGCCCAUCACAAGUCACCUGAGGAAGGGCACGAAAGGCUGAUGGCCAGUCUCUGUGUGUCCUCUGCUUAAGAGGUGGCCCUGGAGGCAAACACUCUGGAGUUGAGGCCAGGAUCUCUGGGCCUGGUUUCCUAGCACUGUUUCAGGCAAGAACUUUCCCUUUAAGCUUUCAAUUCAUGCUCUUCUCAACACCGGCUCUCUUGAGUAGCAUCAGCCUGAAAGAGCAGCUUUCCUAGAGGCUGAUGAUGGACAGGGAAGUAAAAAGAUGACUGGCACUGUCCUGUGUGGCCUGUGUUUCUUUCCCACACUUCACAGGUCUCGGGCAGGGGAUCUACUCCUUGAUUUUAUUUAUUUAGUUGCCUAUGGUGCUGCGCUUAAUAAGACUAUCCCCCAAAAUUAGUAAAAUGAACCCAAUGUCUAUCGUAUACAAUGUGAGCCCACUUUGUUAAUAAAAACUUACUUUUUUAGAAGUAGC